GGGCAACCCAGCCGCGUGACCUAAAUGGGCUGAAUCAAAGCCGCAAACGUUGGUUUUGUUGUUGGCACUUAGGACUAUCAAAAAUUGGCCAAAUAGGCGCCUUUUUCUUGAUCACGCUCUCAAACUACAACCAUGCUCCUUUAAAUUAAUAAAAUCAAUGGCGGCGCUAGCCCAACAAACCAAAGGCAAUUCUUUGUUGUCCCGCUUCAAAGCCUUCCUUGCCUUUCAGAAAUUUAAUCACAACACGUAUUCUAAAAACAGACUCCGGCAACAGCACCCUGCUAAUAUGGGUUCUGGCUCUGUCGUUGAGACUGGUGAAAUUGACUUCUCAAAGUGGAGGAAGCUUAACUCAAGGGACUUUGGCAUAACUAGCUCCAUGAUACCAGCAUCUGCGUCGAUUGUUCUGAAGGUUCUCCAAAGUGGAGGGUUUGAAGCUUACUUGGUCGGUGGAUGUGUCAGGGAUCUAAUUCUCAAUAGAAUACCAAAAGAUUUUGAUGUAAUCACAACAGCAAGGCUUCCGCAGAUAAAAAGGCAUUUUCAUCGUGCAGUAAUUGUUGGACGACGGUUUCCAAUAUGUAGAGUACACGUCCAUGGUUCUAUCGUGGAGGUAUCAAGUUUUGAUACUGUGGCAAAACAAACAGGAAAAAGAGAGGAACAUUUUGUUCCUAAAAUGCCAAGGGGAUUUCAUAAGAAAGAUUUCAUUCUCUGGAAGAAUUCCAUGCACCGAGACUUCACUGUUAACAGUUUAUUUUUUGAUCCAUCCGUGAAUACAAUCUAUGAUUAUGCCGAUGCAAUUGUGGACUUAAAAUCCUUACAGUUAAGGACUUUGGUACCAGCACACUUGUCAUUUAAAGAGGAUUGUGCAAGGAUCUUGCGCGGCUUGAGACUGGCUGCUCGCCUUAAGUUGUCCUUUUCAGAGGAGAUUGAAAUUGCUAUGCACAAACUCUCGUCGUCCAUAAUGAGUUUGGACAAGUCUAGACUAAUGAUGGAAGUCAACUAUAUGCUGUCUUAUGGAGCUGCAGAGCCUUCUCUUUCUUUACUUCAGAGAUACAACAUCCUUGGCAUGCUGCUUCCAUUUCAUGCAGCACACCUUGCUCAACAGUAUAACAAACAGUUGAGUGAAAGUUCUGUUAUGCUGAUGAAACUGUUUUCCAGUUUGGAUCAAUUAGUCACCUGUGGUAGACCUUCUCAUGAUAGUUUGUGGGUUGCAGUCUUGGCGUUUCAUCUGGCACUAAUCACUGAUCCUCAAGAGGCAUUUGUCGUCCUGACUUUUGCUUCUGUGUUGUACCAUGGAAAUUGGAAGGAAGGUGCUACGUUUGCUACAAGAAAUUCAGAUGCUGCAGGUAUUUAUGCACCUGAAAUUUCAGAUUCUCAAGGCUCCAUAUCAGAUGAUGAGCUUGUGGAAAGAGUUACAGAUCUGGCAGUGCUAGUGCAAAAUUCUAUAGACAUUUUGACCCAUAAGGACAGCCUCCAGGAAGCAAUGUCCAAGUUCCCAGGUUCCCCAUGCUCUGGUUUGGUGUUUGUAUCUAAGAAUAUGGGGAAGGGCGUUAAAGUAAUUUUUGACGCUCUGAUAGAAGAUGUUAGAUCUCUCAAAGCCAGAAGGAAUAGUUUUGAGAUAGAUUAUACUCUGCUAGGGAAAGGACAAACACGUGAGACAAGGUUCGUUCUUGGCAAAGUCAUCCUUGAUGCUAUAGCUCCUGGGGUCAUUCCAGGUAGUAAAGUGAUCAAACAUACCCUGGUUAAAGUUGACGCUCAAUUGAGUAAAGAUGCCACGGAGGAGAAUAUCGGUGGAAAUGUGGAGUUCAAGAAAAGGAAGUUCAUGUGUGAAGAUGAUAAUCAGCCCAAUGUAAGUUAUGAAAUUAAACACUAUAGAGAUGAGAAGCGGAAGUCGGUUAUUGCCAAGCAACCCAAGGAGGAGGCUGUUGAGAAGCAUGAUAAAGAAUCUCUUCGUCAGAAACUGGAUGUCAGGGAUGCUGUAACUAAGAAGAAAAAUAAGGGCGAGCAUGGUGAGUUGCCUCAGAAUGAAACAAGAAUGGUACUUGAAAAGGUGAAGCAGCAUCAAAUGCCACGUCACAAAAAAGAGCGGAAGGGAGGUGAUAAAUAUCAGCAGAUUCAGGAAGACCAUUUGAAGCUUUUACACAAUGUUGACAAUGGGGUGACUACCAAGCAGCACAAUUCGAAAGAGAAGCUUGAUUCCACACAAGAGCAGAACGAGGAAAAGAGUGAGUCGUUAAAUAGCAGAAAACGGGAUAUGCAGGGGGGUAAGUUGGCUUCGGAUGAGAAGAGUAAACCAAAAGCAGGAAAACGAACACUUUCAGAUCUUUUCAGUAGGUGAGUUCAACUUUGUAUCAUGUAAACUUAUACUAUCUUCUUCAAAAAAUGAGCAAGAGCAGAACUCAGAGCUGUAGCUUACCUUUUAUUAUUUUAAAAAUCCCUUUUAACCAUAGGAGUUCCUAGAUCUCAUGUACAUGGCAGUAGAUCGUGUUGUCGCGAUUGCCAUUUUUUGACUGUGACAUAAUUAUUUUUUACCAAUUGGUAGGCUUCAAUUUUAGUACUAGUUCAUUCUCAUGUUUGAAGUACUUUUCUCAGUCUUUUCGUCAUUCAUUUUAAUUGUAAGCGGUCUUCAGUAUU